AUGGCGACUGUUCCGCCUGCUUAUUCCACUGGGGAAUCUCCUGAGAUACCCUCACAAGAAAGGAUUGUCGUUGGAACGGGGGCGAGCACCUGGAUUUGGUCACCAGAAGGCUGGGACUUAACUCACCCAAAAGACCCACAUUCAAGCUUGACCAGCAAUGGCGUUGAUCUCGAUUGCGACCUCGUCAACAUCAAGAUUGAUCCAGCCAAGACCGGCUUAGUGAUAAUUGAUAUGCAAAAUAUUGGUCUGAGUAAAGCUCUGGAUGCAGCGACUACCCCUGCGAUGUAUGACGCUCAAAACGCGAUCAUCCGAUACGCCAUCCCAGCUGCACGCAAGCUCGGACUUCAAACCAUCUGGCUCAACUGGGGCCUCACCGAGGAUGAUCUUGCCAACAUACCCCCAGCUGAAGUUCGUGUUUUCGCCUUCAAAGCCAACUCUGAAAAGACGGAUUACGGUCUUGGGGACCAACGGGGCGAUCCAAACGAUCCCAUAAACUUCCUCAAAAUCGGUGAAUCCCCCAAAUUUAAGAAUAUCCCCGGCACCGAACUCGGACAGGUCACCUUAGAUGAUGGCAGUCGGGUUGAUGCUGGCCGAGUUAUGAUGAGAGGGACUUGGAACACCGCUCUGCAUGGCCCUCUGGCUAGCGUGUAUGAGGAUGGGAAGAAAGAGGCCCGUCCCGACGUUUGGAUUCACAAGAAUCGUAACUCAGGUCUUUGGAAUGAGAAAACGGAUCUCAGCAAGUAUCUUCAGUCACAGGGAAUCCGUACCCUGCUAUUCUCGGGGGUCAAUACGGAUCAGUGUGUUGGAUCUACGCUACAAGACGCCCAUGCGCAGGGGUUCGAUACUGUUUUCUUGAAAGAUGGAUGUGAGACUGAUAGCCCGCCAUACGCAAAAGCAACCUACGAGUUCAACUGUGUCCGCGCCUGGGGCUUUCUAACCAGCUGCAAGGCUCUGGCCAAGGCAGCGGGGCUGAAUUAUUAA